GAGACCCAUGGUACACAUGCCAAUUAAUAAGACCUCACACAAGCAUGGCCUGCGCACCCUACCCACAGUAAAAUUUUCCAAGAGACAGAUACCCAGCAUUUUUUCUUUCUGCAUAGAUAACUGAAAACAAAGAAGAAACGAAGGUGUCAAAUGAUUCCGCCAGUCGUGCGCACGUUAGCAACAGCCUCCAUUGUGCUUCUUGGUGGAGCUAUGACUAUAUCUGCACUCACCACUUCAAUCCUUCGCCGUAAAGCCUCAAUCAACAAGGAAAAAUUUGGGAAACGUUGUUUCUAUUGUAGAGGAAAGGGAUUUUAUAAAUGUAAGGUUUGCAAGGGAAAUGGUACAAUAAGUUGGUCGCCACUUUAUGAUCCUGUGUUUAUAAAUCCAUGUGUUUGUCCUACUUGCGAUGGCCACAAGGUGCAGCGAUGUCUGAAUUGCUUGGGAGAUGGACUGGUGUAGUUAUGAAUGAAAGGUAUGCACUCUACAUGUUUGAUGAAACGAUAAUGCCAAGGUUUGGAGUCCAGUAUCUUACGAAUCAAAAUUUUGCGGAACUCUUACGAGAUGUGCCCAACUUUUGUUAAGCUUCUUAGAUGCUGCUUUACUCUAACUCUAGCUUGUUCUUAGAUGCUGCUUUACUCUAACUCUAGCUUGUGUCUAUAUAGUAGGAUUAUAUAUUUCUUUUACACAUCCCAUGAAAUUUUUGGGGGUAUUCACAAACCGAGCAAGACAUCAAAUAUGGUCUUCUUCAAAGCAAAGUGUUUGUUUGCAACACUUUGUUGAUGAUGAAACAUAAAUUUUAUUGAUGAAUAUUUAUGAGUAUAAUUUUGUUUCUUCCUUAA